ACCCCACACUCAUCCUCGUGGAACUGAGAUUCUAGUAGUCCAGGAAGGUACACUAUAUGUUGGCUUUGUCUCAUCUAACCAAGAUGGCAACCGUCUCUUCACGAAAGUCUUGAACAAGGGAGACAUUUUUGUUUUCCCUAUUGGUAUGAUUCACUUCCAGCUCAAUAUAGGGAAAACUCCAGCUGUUGCUUUUGCUGCUUUGAGUAGCCAGAAUCCAGGCACAAUAACAAUCGCCAAUUCUGUUUUUGGAUCCAAUCCACCGAUUAAUCCUGAUGUUCUUACCAAGGCCUUCAUGCUAGAUAAGAAUGUUGUCAAGUACCUCCAGUCACGUUUUUGAAGGAAAAACAUUUAUUAGAGAAUGGCUUGAACUAGUCAUGGUUUAAUAGUUUACUGUUUGGAUUGUCUGUUGAGUGCUGUACCUCUAUUAAUUCUAUCAUUGUUUUCAAAUAAUACUCAUUACCAUAUAAUAAAGACAACCUUAAUUC